AACACUGGUCGCCGCCGGAGUCGGGAUUUCUUUGUGGCGACUCAAUCCUCAAGACACAACGGCCAUACCAUGGCAAAAAAUAUGGUCAUCAAGUUCGGCAGCAGAAAUCAUCAUGGCCAAGUUUGAUCACAGUUCCCCCAUGUUUGCCACCAUAGCACAGUACGAUCGCCUGGUCACUGUAUGGUACAGAUCAAAAACCACAAAUGCGAACCAGAUACAUUACGAUUUUGUAUUUCUAUCCCAUCCACGUCACGUCACCCAUUUCGUGUGGCGAAAACUACCGCAAAAUUCCCAUGACUGUACUUUAUUUACCAUGGCGCGGGAUGGGAUCGGCCGGUUCUGGAGUCCCGUCGACCUGGAACAGAUGCAUAAGCUCUACCUUUGCGCCGUGAUCGAUCCAUGUCAAUCCCUCGUCACGGCCGAACCGGCUUCGGAAGACGGCAGCAUAGCUCACAUUGAUCACGGGGAGGAUUUCUCGCCUAUUCACUAUAUCGGAUGCGACGAACUGUCGAGUUCACUUUUUCGCGAUUUUCAACAUCAUUCAAAGCACGAAAGACUUGAUCACAGCCUUGAUCGUAUGCGCAAUAUGGUCCGUGAUACGCCCGAUUUACUGUUCCGAUUACAAUCCGACGGCUCGCUCAUCUUCUGGGGUGUACAGCAUUUAAAUUGUUCUCCUCGACGCGUACCUCGUGUAUUUGUCGUUUUGCGGAUUGCUCAAGCCAUUGAUGCAUCCGAUAUCACUUAUUUCCUGAAUCCUGUCCAUGUACUUCACGAUUAUUCCCACAUCCAAUCCUCUUCUAUCGUCAAACCCGUCGAACUUUCUCUGUUAGCCAUUAACCCUCACGGCCAGCUACGAUGCUAUGGUCUUAAUCUCCUUGAUUUCCUCGACUCCACUUCGUUUAUACCACGUCUGCACCUAAAGUACAAUUGGCUGGGACAUCAGCAUGCCAUCCGUAGUCUACAACAAGCGCAGAACAACCGCUUCUCCACUGUUGGUGUCGAUGGUCAAAUCAACAUUUGGAAAUAUGCUCUCCAUGAAUGGGAAAUCUGGUGCGCAGUUGCAACUGAAUAGCUCGAUUCACGUCAAUUCAAACAACCUCCUGUCUGUAACAUUGGAUGAUGAUGCACAUGUCGUUGUCUACAAUGGAAUGGACAUGCUUCUAUAUACAUUUGAUCAUCAUGAUUGUCACUUGCAACACAGUUAUUUGUGUGAUAAAUAUGAUGCGAGUAUACCACUCUCGUCACUCC